UUGUGAAGGUCCAAUUGGGACGCGAGGUGCGCGCCUGCUUGCGCGCCAUAGGGUGAUGAGGUCAUUGAGCGUACUUGCCCACUAUUAAGGUGUAGCAAAGAUGGUAUUUGAGGGACAGCCAUAUCCUGGCUUGUCUUGCUCUCCACUCACCGUGAUACCUCUCUUAACUUCCGGGUUGAAGUCUCUUUGCAUUGUGAUCGUGUAUCUACCUAGGUUCUCAGACGAGGCUUGACAUCAUGGAGAAGAUCAAGCAAGCCCUUUCCCAUGGGGCCCGGAAGACCUUAGACAACACCAAUAGAGAGGGAGAAAGUUCUUCCAAUUCUCCCACCUCUCCUAUCCCUCCAAGGGAUCCAAACCAUCGUGCCACAACCGGUGGCCUUACUGGUGAGGGUAGUCACCUUGCAGGCGCCAGUCAGCCUCUGGAACAAAAGAGUGCUUCGACAGGCCUUGCAAAUGCUGGGGAGCACCUCCCGAUCUAUAACCGAUUUACUGGCUAUGGGGCAGCCGCAAAGACUGUUGAACAGGCGCCACACUUCUCAAAUACGCCUAAUCUCAAGACUGAGGGUCUAAUUGAGCCGCCGUCCACUCUGAAGACCCAGGGUCCAGUAAUACCACCUAGAGGAAGAGAGUCGACUCCAAGCCCGACCCUUAGCCCGGAUACAACACGCCAUCGGCUUACUGUGGCCGACGAGAUGAGCACAGCAAGUAUAAAAUCCGGUGUCAUAGGUUUCCCUCAAGGUGGUUUGGCUGAUUCACAUGCUGCCAGUGUGUCCAACCGGCAUCUACUCAGUAUACUGUACUAUACAUGAGGCUGCUGUACUAACCGUUUACGGUAGUUAUAUAGGAUUUUUGGUGGUUUUGGGCGGUUGAAGGCAGGUUGCUGAG